AUGACCAACUUAGGAGCUACAGUGAAGAAUUUGGAGGUACAUAUUGGUCAGAUAGCAACUGCAAUACAGUCUCAGCAAAAAGGACAAUUUUCCAAUGACACAGAGGUUAACCCACGAGAACACUGCAAUGCUAUCACCCUAAGGAGUGGUAAAGCAGUUGAAGAAUGCAAGCUUAGAGAGGUUGGGAGGUAUUUGAAGAAAGAGUUUGAUGAAAAAUACGCAAUGUUUCUGGAGGUCUUCAAGAAAAUCCACAUCAACAUUCCCUUUGUAGAAGCCUUGGCCCAUAUGCCUAACUUUGCCAAGUUCUUAAAGGAAGUGAUGUCAAAGAAGAGAAAGUUGGAGGAAUUUGUGACUGUUAAGCUGACAGAGGAGUGUAGUGCCAUACUUCAAAUGAAGCUCCCUCACAAAUUGAAAGAUCCGGGCAGCUUCAACAUCCCAUGCAAUAUUGGUUGUAUCACAUUUGAGAGGGCACUAUGUGAUCUUGGAGCUAGCAUAAACUUGAUGCCUUUAUCAGUGUUCAAAAAGCUGGGUCUUGGAGAAUUGAAUCCCACAACCCUUACCUUGCAACUGGCGAACAAAUCGCUCACAUAUCCCAAAGGCAUUAUUGAAGAUGUGUUGGUGAAGGUUGAUAAGUUCAUCUCUCCAGUGGACUUUGUGGUAUUGGACAUGUAUGAGGAUGAGAAAGUACCGUUGAUUCUUGGCCGACCUUUCCUGGCUACUGGAAGAGCAUUGAUUGAUGUACAAGAAGGAAAGUUGAUACUACGAGUUAAUGAAGAGCAAGUAACUUUCAACAUCUAUCAAGAAAAGAAAGCCCUAGAAAAAGGAAAAGUUGACACUUGCAAAAUGAUCCAAUUAGCUGAAGUAAUUGCAGGAAACGGAGAAAAAUGGGAAUUAUUUUAUGAUCCGUUGGUGCAAUACAUAGAAAUUAGUUACUCAACAAGGGAUGCAUCUACUGAUGGUAAUGACUCAAGAAUGAAGAAAGCAGUGGAUUUCAUCUUAGCUUAA